AUGACAUAUUUUCUACGGAAUUUCGCUUCCCUCACGGAUUCACGUACAAAUAUUGCAUCGCCGAGUGAAUCGUCAGAUCGUUUAUUUCAAGAAACAAAUUAUGCACAUCCUAAACGAACAUCAUGUCAAUAUGCGCAACUGCUGAAGUACUGCGCGAAAUUACCAGAACAUGGAUAUUCAUUAAAGAUCCCAACAAUCCGAAGAAAUUCUCUCUGCAGUUCUACAAAUUCUAAUUAUGGAUUUUCAACGAGUAAGAACUUGGAAAGUGAUUGCCAUCGAGUGGUGAUCGUAGGUGAUAAACAAGAAGGUAUUGAUGGUGGUGAUCAGGAUUUUAAGGCUGUCUCAAUAGAUUUAAGACCCUGUUUAGAGAUAUUCGCAGCUCCUUCAUCUUUCGGCGUAGUCUGUAUUGCUAGAACUAUCAUUUUGAGAUAUGCUCCACUUCUUAAAGUUACUUUAUCAUCGUAUGCGUGUAAUAAAAUUGAUUAUCAGAAUAUUGUAGAAAUUGAAUGUCAAGAAAAUUCUUCGGAAAAAGCAAAUAAUGACAAAAAUGGAAAUGAAAUUGUGCUGAUGGGAUUAAAAUGUGUCUUUUCUGUCUUAUACGAACUGAAUAAACGUGAUUCAGAGCUUUGUAUAGAAGCACUAACCUCUCUUCUACAAUUACUCGAACAUAUUCCGAUGGAUUCUUUACGUAAUGAAACGUAUUGCUCAGUACAAAGCAUGUACAAUAUGUUACGUAAAUUAAGGAUGGAAGGCAGUGCAGAAGUAUCAGCAAAAUCGACAUCAUGUAUGAUUGCGUUGAUUGUUGCACAUGGUUGUUCAGAAUUCAUCCUUUCAACAGUAGCUACUUUAUUGUGUGAUAAACCUGAAAACUUAUCAGAUUGUGAAGCUUUAUUGGUUGAGAUACCAAAAAAUUAUCAAAAAUUAGCGAACAUAGUGCAGCAGAUUUUACUUCGAAAUAGUGAUGAACCAGGAUGUAUUUUUUACAAAAAUUUUUGUGAAAUUGAAAAUUUAGAUAAAUAUUUUCAUAGUGCUGGUAAUUGGUGGUCUCACUGCUUAACAGAACACACAAUAUUAUCGUCAAUCGACAUACAUGUGCCUGAUGGCAUUCUUCCAGAUACCCCUGACGAUCGACGUCUUACUGGAGCCAUUGCUUCUGACGGGAAAUAUGUAUAUGUCCUUACGUGUUACGGUUUAUUUAAAUAUGGCACAGGUUUAGCAGAAACAAUUGAAGGUAAACUGUAUGCUUUUAAUCCUGAACUAAAAGCAAACAAAGAUUCAUGGUUAGCUGUUUGUAGCGGUGCAUUAUACCUCCGUAGGCAUCAUUCAUCUCGCUUAUGUGUUAUUGAUAUUGAUACUCUUCAUGAAAUUGGUGAAAUUGUAUUAGAAACACGUGUUACUACGGGUACCAUUCUAACUGAUGGCACUGUUUUUUAUCAAGCAAAUAUUGAUGUAAAAUGGAAUUUACAGAUCAUUCCACUGGAUGAUUCAUUCACACCAAUUCCGAAUAUUGAUCAGCAUCAGAAAUUCCGACUCGUAGAUCUCAAUUAUAACGCUUUUGGUGAUGUAUAUCCUAUACCGCAUAAAUUACCGUUGAUUCUUCCGAACUCAUUUCUUGUGUCAGCUCAAGCAUACGAUCUCCAGAUGGGUAGAGAGGUGGCAUUACUACUUGCAAAAAACGGGAAAGUAUAUUAUGCUGGUGAUGGUACUCGUUUGGGGUUGAAAGAUGCUGGACAGAAUUGGAUGAAACUCAUUCUACCCGAACCAAUUCUUUCAAUAGUAGUUAGUUGUGAUGCAGACACAGUUGUACUUCGUUCUGGAUCUGGACGUUUAUGGAUUGCUGGUUUGGGUUAUGAAGGCAUUGCUCAAAAUAGUCCAGCUGUUGGUCGUUUUCAAAAACAAACAGUGAACUCAGAAACUCUUAAGCUAAGAAAUUUUCAGAUUUCAAGCAGGCGACGUUGUAUAUCAGUUGCGAUAUCAGCCGGAUGCAUAGCAUUUGUAACAGAUGCUGGUAAAGCAUAUAUUUUUGGUCGACAUGCGAUGCAAUGUCAUCCAGAGACAGGAUAUAUCUAUGGUUUGGAAAAUGUCCAGCUAACAUCUAUAGCUUUAGGCAAAACUCAUGCCGCUGCGAUUACACGUCAAGGAUAUUUGUACACUUGGGGUCUUAACAAUCUUAAUCAGUGUGGAAGGAUAGAGGCAGAAACUGACGAUGCUGGAGGUGAACAUUCGAGAAAUCCUAGUGAAACUGAACAAAGUUCUUCAUACUGCCUUCGUGAUGAACAUCUUUGGGUUAAAGAUUUUGCAUCAAUUUGUAUCAAAUGUGGCAAAUGUUCGGCGUGUAAAAAUCGAUGCGCACCCAUGAAGAUGGGUUAUAGUACUACAAAAGGAAUGCAAUGUAUAUGCGGAGAAGGUGAAACAUGUUGUCUAAGAUGCGGUUUAUGUCGUGCAUGCGGAGAAUGUACAAGUGACGUAGUUGACCAUAAUUCACGAAGUAUACGUUCGAGAGCAACUCUGUCUCCAUCUCGUUUAGUUCUUCCCAAGAGCGUUUCAUUUGUGUGCUGUGGUAAUUAUCAUACUGUUGUAUUAACAACUGAUCAUCAAGUUUUCACAUUUGGUUCAAAUUGUCAUGGGCAGCUAGGCGUUGGUCACGUAAAAAAAUGUACCGGUCCUCAUAAAGUGGAUCUACCAAAGAAAGUGCUCGUCAUUCAAAUUGCUGCAGGUUCAAAUCAUACAGUGCUAAGGACAUCUGAUGGAUCUAUUAUUACAUUUGGUGCCCAUAGACAUGGUCAACUUAUUAGGGAAGAUAAGGAGAAAAACUGGUUUGCAAUGCCAUCAUUUGUACCAGGAUACGGUCAUGGCAAUAGUACAGUAGCUACUUGGAUUGGUGCUUCUGGUGAUACAACUCUAAUUCGCAGUGAAACUCGCAUUUACAGCGCUGAUAUUAUUUCAAAUUGUCAAGUGAACCUUUUUAUAAUCGCAAAUAGUGAAAUUAUUGCAAUUUUUCCAAAUCAAAUUGGCAUGAAUUAUAUGGUUAUACGUCGUAACUUCAGUACUUUCCAUCAGUAUUCGCUUGGAACUGAAGGUCUCUAUACGAAUUGGUGCUUGGAAGCAAAAUAUGAUUUACUUUGGGCUUUCAAUGCUGCUGAAAUGCGAAUCAAAUCAAUUACUAGUUGUGUUCCAAUUUGUAAUUGCAAAACAAAAACAGAUAUUAGUACCGCAAAAAGUUUGGAAGGGAUUACUGGAGAAGUUAAAUUUCUACGAACACCUGAAUUCAUGAUUCCAACUAACAAAAACAGUUCAACCAUCAAUCAGAUAGCAUUAAACCUUCUUGGAACAACGUAUAUUACUACGAUUUUGGAAAGUAAACGAUCAUUUGCUGAAAAAAUUGAUCAGAAAGAUUUUGAUUCGGAUGGUAAAACUGGCAGACGAACUUUGGCUAGUGGUUAUCAACGUAUUCAUCGAUUUAAUGGAUAUGGUGGUGGUUGGGGAUAUUCAGCUCAUUCCGUGGAAGCUAUUCAAUUCCGUACAUCGCGUGAUAUACGCCUUUAUGGUGUAGGAUUAUUAAAAUUGUAUCGUCUCUUGCCUCCUGAUUAUGAUGAACAAAAUGUUGAAUUAAUUAAUGAAUCAAAUGAAAUGCUUUACAACUGCAGUCCUCAUGAAAAUGCACAGUUAUUAUUUAAGCGAUCUAUUGUAAUCAGGGCUAAUUUAUGGCAUGUUGUUUGUGCACAAAUCAGCGGUGCAAGUUCUGACUGUGGGGCUAAUGGACAACCCGAUGUCGCUGGUGAUGAUGGUGUUCAAUUUUAUUUUCGUAAUUCUCGAAUGUCUAAUAAUGGUACGGAUAUCAACGUUGGUCAGAUUCCAGAAUUUUUUUAUACAGCUGAAGCAUCAGAUGAGCAGCAGUCGAAUCAAGAAACAAAUGAUAAAACAGAAGAUGUGUCUGAUGAUAGUACAUCGUACACUGUGAAUACGCAGAAUCUGUUGACCGUUUCAACCGGAACUAUCGAUUCAUUGUUUUGCUUACUAGAUUGGUCUGUUUUGAAAUAUCUAGAAAUUGGUGAAAAGUUUUGCAGUGAUGUGUCAUGGCUCAAAGAACGUUAUGUAAUUAUUGUGAUAUUGACUUUAAGAUUUUUGCGAUUUUACGUAUGCUCUCUUUAUUUGCCAUCAAGUAGAGAAAAAAGUGCGGACAGAAAAGAACCAUCAUGUAGUAUUGCUAAACAAAUGAUACAGUUUUCAUCGAUAAUUGCUUCAGUAUUUGAAAUGUUCAAUAAUUAUCGUCCUGCUUCAGAAGAUGAUUCAGCGCAUCUGAUACUGCUCGAAGAAGCAGUUACUACUGUAGUACAUUGUUCACAUGUUUUAUAUUGUAAUACAGCAAUUUUCCUCGAUCAGCUUGCUUUUUUUAUGUCAACUCCAAAUCGUGAAUGGUCAUUAGUUGCAGUCCUUCCGAUAUUGUUGGGUUCUGGACCUCAUCCAUCACAUUUCCCGGUGUUAUUUCUGAAAAUGAAUGAGCAGUUAGGAAAUAAAAAGAUAUCUUCUUCAAAUCAACAGCGGAUUGUGUCAUUACCAAAUAUUCUGCGAUUCUUGUUUGAAAUAGCUUUCACAUCACCGCGGAUGAUUCAAAACGAAAGUCGAAUACGACUGAAAACCGCAGCACAUUCUCUAAUAAUUGCAAUAGCUCGAGAAUUAGUAUCUCCAAAAGAUACCACUGAUAGUGGGCCGCCGAUUUUGCAGACACCAAAUAGCAAUCAUUUACGUUUUCGGUUUCGAAAAACUUCAAAUCAUGCAAGCUGGGAUGUAAGUAGCGAUGCAAGUGAUGCAAUAGCGCUACGUGUUGAUGUUACUGGUAUUACAUUACACGGAGUUGGCGUGUAUUGCUCUCAUCAUGAUCAAGAAUUAAGUUACGUUUGUGAGGUACUCUUAAAUUGUGGUGAUGCAGCUCAUGAACAGUGGAAUGUAUUAGAGAAAGUUGUUGGUACAUUUGCGAACAAAUUUGAGCCUUCUCAACGAGAAAUUGUUAUGCUACGUUUAACGAAAACUAUCAAACUACAACCUAGCUAUAUUUAUGCUAUUCGGUUGCAUAUUAAUGGUGGCAAGACAUUUUGUGGUGAAGGUGGCAUGGGUACUGUUCGGCUAUGUAAUGGGAGUCGAAUACAAUUUGAACCAUGUACUUUAAGCUUAAAUGGUACUUCUGUAUCCCGUGGUCAAAUCCCAUUCUUAUUGUACUCGAUUCAAGAUGAUAAAAAAAGUCUUGUUCAAAGACUAGCCAGUCCAGAUCAGUUGAAUAAUUGGUUUGUAUUAUUAGUUCGAAUGUUGUCUCACAAAAUAACUGAUUUAAUAGCUGCUGGAAAUUUUUCAUCUCACGAUCAAUCCCUUUUUUCAAGUAUUGCAGGUUUUAUUAUGGUUUUUUUGGAAUUGAAUCCCCAUUCUGCGUUAGAUGUUGUCGGUAUAUUAGAUGACUUGAUCCCAAUGGUUUCAUCUAUAAAUGGAGGAAGAAGAGCAGAGGAACGACAGCGUGCAAUUACGAGGUCUGCACAACAAAUCACUGGAAAAUUGGGUUUACAGACAGUUAUAGAAUCACCACAUCCAUAUCCACCUUGUGUGAUUAAUUCUCAGGUUGUCGAUUUCGGCAAAAAUGUGCAGUUUAUGACAGUCCGAUUUAACGAAGAAUGUUGUACAGGGCAAGCGGAUGAUAUUUUAUGGGUUUAUGCAAAAGUUGAUGAUGCUUGUCAUAUACCAAUUGGCAGAUAUUAUGGUGAUCGUAACUGGCCUGAUCGUAUGCUUUUGGUUCCGGGAAACAGUUUGUGGUUCGUACUUGAAUCAGUAUCAUAUCCUGCAGAUAAAACUAGUGAUCAGAUUUAUGGCUAUCGCUGUACUGUUACCGGAUACCGAUAUUCAGAAAACGAUUGUUCUAUGGCUUUGGAAGAGGAAUUAACAUGGAUUUGUGCCAGUGCUUGUAGAUUGAUUGUUCAGAUUCCACCAGACAAGAGUGUAGUAACAGCGGUUACGAUGGUUGAACAUGAAAUCAACGAUAUUGUUCAGAAGCACGGUGCUCUACUUCGAAAAGGGUUGAAUCUUUCACAUAUUCCAACAGUCAAUGAAGUUUUGAAAAGAAGCUUACCAAGUCCUUCACCGACUUCAGAUCUGAAAUUCUUGAAAGAAUUCAUAGCCGCCUGUUCGAACACUGUUGCUGGAUUUUGGGCUCGUUGGUUGAUAGAUGAGUCAUUUGUGGACUUGCAUUCUAGUCAGCUCCAGAUAUCAAAUGAACAGACAAGAUUAAGAAUUCCUACUAAGAUAAAGCUUAUUCCUCAAGACCAAUACGGCCGCCUUGCUAUAUGUUCUGUUAUGAAAGUUGAAAUCAUAGUAUAUUCUGGCACAACACUGGAAAGUAAUACUUCGAAUAUCUGCUUUCCAACAGAUCAUAAACGGUCUUCUGAAAGUCUUCCUUCUCCCCAUCUGAUAAAGGAACCGUAUCAUCCUGUUUAUUUUAAUAAAACGCGCUAUGUUUCGAUCACAGCAAUGACUGCAUAUCAGAAUUACUCAUUUGAAGAAUUACGUCUUGCGUGUUAUAAAGAUGCGCUAAUGAAGGAGCAACUUAAUGCCGUGCAGCAGCCUGACGGCAGCUGGUUGGCUACAUGGGUACCAAAAUUUGGCGGUACAUAUCGAGUUGAAUGUCGAUUAGAUGGAUUUCAAAUCGCGCAAAGUUCCUUGAUUGAGGUUCGGGACAUUGAUUCUCCAUUUAAUACUUCAAUAUUGCUAGAAGAUAAAAGUCAGUGCCGUUUUAUUCACCGAAAUGUGGCGCAUUUCAACAAAAAGCGUUUUGCCUUCUGUGAUCCAAAACUUAUGGUGAAGGGUAUACGAAUUCGUGCUUCGCCAUCACUGCAUUCAGCACAAAUUGGUAUUAUACCACGUGGUGCUACAGUUUCAUACAUUGAGGAAGUUGAAAAUGUUGAUGGUGUAUGGUUGCGACUUACUGAUGAGGCAUGCAUGAUGCAUUGUAAUACACAGUUAUUUUCUCAGGCUUGGUGCCUACAGUAUAGCAAUCAUCUGAAGCGACUUUUUUUACUACUAUAUUCAAAUUCUCAAGAAACUUCUCUACCUGAUCAUGGUUUACAGAGCGCUACUAUAGAAAUGUCUCAAAAUAUCCUGUCAUCUGAUGAGCAAUAUCUGGAACAGUCCCUACAACUUGAUAUUGAAGAGAUAUACGCAGUGUGCGGAACUCUUCCUGUGUACAUUUACAAUUAUCCAUCAUUAGAUGCUAUUUCUGAUGAAGUAAUCAAUGAUGUUGAUAGUAGUAAGCUAAACUCAUCUGGUUGGCUUCAUAAUAAAGAAGGAAUAUGGAUAAAGUUAUCUGGUUCAGAUGAAAAAUAUGCACUUGUGCAAGAUUCGAAGGGUAGUCGAUAUUUGCAAAAAGUAGCUGGCAUGAAGCAACGUUUCACUGAUAAUGGUAAUGGUGAAGAAAGAUUAUCAAUUGUACAAAAACCUAUAGCCCAAAUUUUGCCGCGAACAAGAAAUGAACAACCAUUGCAAGCAUUAAGACCUUCUAUUGUUGAUUGCUGCCGAACUGUCUUUGCUGCUUUUUUAUGGCAUGAAAGAUUAGUAAAAGAUGCGAUGGUUACUCAAGGUCAGAAUCGAGCAGAAAUAAUAACGGCCACGCCAUUGCAUUCACUUGCUGUUUUGUGGAAAGAUAUUAGUGCAGCUGUACAAACUAGUAUCGAACAGUGUUCAGUAUAUCCGAGGACAGUACCUGCACGACAAGUUGAUAUGAAAACAGUUGGUACCAAUUUGGGUAAUAUUAGACAGAUUGGAAUUGCUAAGGAGUUAUCUUCAAAACCGUUACGAAAAGAUUUAUGCGAAUUGUGUGAAGAAUGGCAUCCAACGCCAGUAACAACUCACAUGCGUAUGGCACAUGCUGGAUGUGGUAAAUAUUCAGGUGGCCAGGGAUAUAACAGUUCUGGCAAAUAUACUAGUGGUUGGUCGGGAAAUUGUGGCGAUGGAGGACGGCAUACUGCUGUUUGGUACUUAAUGUGUACUGCAUGUCGAUCAAAAUAUUUACUGCAGACUCCGUCUGGACAGCAACAGGAACAAAGCCGUCAAUGGCGUGAAUUUUGCGCUUCUUCGACACCAGCAGAAUUGUCAGCAGAAAAUGUAAUCAAGCAGAAUGCAGUAUUUCUACUGGAAUUAAAUGCCUGCAUGGAAGGAGAUAGCAAAGAAACAUCUACAGCAACAUCGGGGUGGACGAUUAAUUUGUUCCCUCAAAUAUCACUCGCAACACCGAAAACAAGCUCUUCAUCAGCAAAUGAACGUGAAAAUUGUUGGCAAGUACGAACAUUAUCACAUGCUAGUGAUCCAGGACCCAAACAUUCAAAUGUUGGAAUUCAUCACAAUCAUUUGAACUGCAACCCUUUACUUUCGAAACGACGACUUGGUUCAUCGCCUCUAACUCAUACAUCUAAUAACAGUGGCCUUAUUUGUUCUACGCGCCGGAAGUUGCUGGAAGGUUAUGAAAGGCAACAGUCAGUUGAAAUAGUUCGGAGUCCAUCCGUUGCUCUGAAAUCAUUAUUGCUAACAGCUGAAUUGAACAACAGUUGUUCUGGUAGUCGAGGUUCUCCAGCAAGUAUUAACUUAUCACUUCGCCGACCAGUUCUUGCUUUUGUCCUAGAACAUCAUAAUUUACCUCGCAUACGUGAAGCGAUGGCAACCGCUGUAGCUCGUGCUACUUUUUUUGCUCAUUCAUUUCGUGUUUGGAAUUGGCUUUUGAAAUUAGUGUCAACGGAAUCAGGUGUUGCAAAUAUUCUUUGGCAAUAUUUAACAGCAAUGAAUUCUUAUGCUCCACUUUGUCGUUGGCGAAAUCGUCUUCUAGCUACGAAUUUACGUCUCCUACCUCAUCCUUGGCGUGUUUGUUAUUUGGCUGGUUCAGUUGCUAACAAAAUGGUACAACAAUUGCAUUCUUUUUUGCAUACUGUUGCAGUAAUUGUGCAAUCCAGUGACGUUGACGCAAACUUACGUUGCUUAUGCUUUCGAGUUUGGACAUUUCAGUUAACAGCUCAUGAGCAGGAUUUGUUAUCACUUAUAUAUGAUGUGUUAGCAAGUGUUGGUGACGUUCUUGCUGAUUCAUCUUCGGAUCAUGCAUGGGAUUUUGAUGACAAUGAACGAAAAACAAGUCGUCAGUCGUCACGUGAAGAACGAUUAUCAAUAGCUAUCAAAUGCAUAACAUUCAUUCUAGCACAAGCAGAUGUGAAACAACAUGAAGAUAUUACUAAUCUUUUACGUUAUGAAGCAUCGAGCCGUCAGUCAAUGCUCAAUUGCUUAAUUGAUGGAAAUAGUGAAACUUUCUGGGAAAGUGGUGAAGAGGAUAAAAACCAAUCACGUUACGUAACUGUACACUGUGGUAUUCGAGAUUAUAAUGCAACAUUAUUGGCUGUAUACGUGGACAAUGUACGUGAUGAAGGCUAUCGAACUUGUUCUGUAGUUGUUGCAGUUUUUGAAGAUGAUGGAAAACGUCGAAUAAUUCACUCUGAGGGACUUGAUCAUGUACAACCAUUUCGUUUUUUCCCAGCUUUAGUAUUUUUGUACACUACCAAUGUUAUGUCACAAUUCACUGGUUGGGUAAAAUGCUGCAUUUCUGGAUUAAGUAGUGUACAAGUAAUAUUUCGAGGCAACGAUCCAUCUUCACGUAUUCGCCAGCUUCGAGUUUUUGGCGCCACCAGUGACGUACGUAUAUUGAAUACGCAGUCCAUUAUCAGUCAAAGCCUUUUGAAACCAUCACCAUCUCAUCAACUGUUGUUCAGUGCAAAUCAGGAUGAUGCGUUCGCAGUAUUUCAAGCACUGGCUGCUCAGGCUUUCAGCGAUGAAUUUUCUCAAGAAGAGAAUGGUACUUUACGUCAACAAGUUCUCGAUCUAUUGUUCAGUCGUGUGCAAUUACAGCCGCUUCAGGCUUUUGUGUGCUCUCAUAUGAUUAGUGCUUUGGAAAGAGAAGUAUCAUCAUUACGUGAAAAAGUAAAGCGUAAUUAUUCUUAUGUUUGCGGUUUGAUGAUAAUGCUUGUGAAGAUUUGUCGUUCACGUCAGGGGUUGGAAAUAUUUGGAGAUAAAAAUAAUGUGCUUAUUAUUUUAUCUGAAUUAUUACUUUUCGCCCCACAGGUGGUACAGUGUCAAGUUUUGGAAACGAUUGAUCGCCUCUGCAAAUUAUUCAAACCAUGUACAAUUGACUGUUCAGCAUUUAUACAAAAUCUGCUAAUAUUGAUAGCAAAAGUUAUAACGUUACAGAUUCGUAAUAAAACUAAACGAUCCACAGUUUCCGUUACCCUAACAAAUCAUGCAGCUGAUUUACCAGUUUUUUGGCGAACGGAUCGAGUAGUUAGCUUCGAAAUUGGACAGUUAGCCAAACAAUUAUUGGCGGAUUUGAGUGAUGGACAUUUAAAUGAAGCGUGGGCUAUUCCUGUUCGAACUGCCAUUGCAAAUGAAAUUAUGAAUCUGACAAGCUUGACUAUCACUCAUACAUGUGGUAGUGAAUCAUUAGAAAUAGAUAGCGAAACGGUGUUAGUGCCAGUAGAUGCUAAUUCUGAAGCAUUGAAAACUAAUAUCCAUUCGAAAUCUAUUUUGAAUAAUGGAAAAUUUUGGCUUGCUAUGGCUGCACUUUCAUUACUCAAAAAUAAUGAAUGGCUGACAUUGUCUCAAUUGUGGCAAAAUUCAGAGAAAAAGCAGGAUGGUCAGUCCGAAAUGCUAUGUGAUAAUCACGAUGAUGGACACACAUUGGCUGCUGUAUAUUGUGAGAAAUGUCAAUGUUCACUAUGUCGAGAAUGUUUUGCAGUUCUUCAUUUAAAUAAACGCAAUCGUAUGUAUUUUGAUGGUACACAAUUGAUUUUUAGUAGUCACGCAACACGAUAUCUCAGUGAAACAAAUGGAUAUCCACAAGUUGAAGUUCAUGAAGGUUCCACGAGAUUACGUUUGCCUCAUCUUUUAGUAGCAUUGCCAAUUUGCACUCAAGAUGGCAGCCGCGGUUGUCGUUUUUGUUCUGUUCCACUGCAUCCAGAUCAGUUUAUUGAUGGUGUAUGUAGUCAUCAAGAAUGCAAUGAAUUUGCAAUCUUUGCCUGUAAACGGCAGCUUUCAUGUGGUCAUUAUUGUGGUGGUAUACGUGAUGAAGAAGUGUGUUUGCCGUGUAUGCACUGUACGAAGCCGCAAGAAGAUAUCAAACAAGAUGCUGAUGAUUUGUGCGUGAUUUGUUUCACGGAUCGUUUGGGGUGUGCACCUUGUAUUCAGUUGUCCUGCCAACAUGUUUUUCAUUAUCGUUGUGUAAGAACUGUGCUUGAAAAACGUUGGAAUGGGCCUCGUAUUGUAUUUCGUUUCAUGAAAUGUCCAUUGUGUAAAAAAGAGAUUGAUCAUCCAUCGAUGAUAGAUCUAUUAUAUCCAUUAAGGAUGUUGUUCAAAGAAGUGGUGAAUAAAGCCCGUUUAAGACUUGAAUAUGAUGGUCUUCUGACUUGUCCUGCGAUAACCUCUGAGGACAGAAAUUUGGAACUCGUUUUGAAAUUUCUUUUGAUAUAUUGUGUUAAUAAUGAUAUUCAAAGUGAAUAUCACAACAAUCCGGAAGAAUAUGCAAUGGGACGAUACAUGUAUGUAUUAUGCUUUAAAUGUGGGAAGGCUUAUUUUGGUGGUGAAAGCCGAUGCCAGCAGGAAGUUGAUAAUUCGCAGUACAAUGCGGAAGAACUAAUUUGUGGUGGUUGCUCGGAUGUUGUAGGCGCUCAGAUCUGCGGACGCCAUGGAGUUGAUUUCUUGGAAUAUAAGUGUAGAUUUUGCUGCUCAGUUGCUGUUUAUUUCUGCUUUGGUACGACGCAUUUCUGCACGUCAUGUCAUGAUGAUUUCCAACGAUUAAUACGCUUGCCAAUGAAAUUACUACCUAAAUGCCCUGUUGGGCCGAGAGCAAUACAGUUGGAUGGAAAUGAAUGUCCACUGAAAAUAAAGCAUCCACCAACGGGUGAAGAAUUUGCAUUAGGAUGUGGCGUUUGCCGAAAUAUUAAUACUUUUUGA